UAUUUGAUAAUGAUGAUGAUAAUAAUAAUACUUCACACUCUUUGUAUAUGAAUAAUUAAUUAUAUACCGUGUAAAAUAUAAGAAUAAAUGAAAAAUUUAUUUACACGAUAAAACGAGAUAUAAUGUAACAAAGGUAAUUGACAUUAAUACGUUAAACUAAAUAAAUCAUAUUUUUAAUAUGAUUUUCCUGAAUAGACCACUCCUUGCUUCUCCAGACUCGGCCGACCGACCGAUCGAAUCGUUAUCCUUAACCAUCGAGCGAACCAGGGGUAUGUGGGCGUUUUGUUACGGUAUUGGUACGCCGGCGCAGAAUCUACGACAGCAUAAAGAAAACGUAGGAUCCGUGCUCAUAACGAUUCGAACAGUAUUCUGUGCAGGAUCUUCCCGAGUACGAUCUUAAUAAUGCCACCUAAAACCAGUGGAAAAGCUAUGAAAAAAGCUGGAAAAGCGCAAAAGAAUAUUAGUAAGACCGAUAAAAAAAAGAAACGGAAGAGGAAAGAAAGCUAUGCCAUUUAUAUCUACAAAGUACUGAAGCAAGUACAUCCGGAUACUGGAAUAUCCAGUAAGGCUAUGAGCAUCAUGAACAGCUUCGUUAACGAUGUUUUCGAAAGAAUAGCCGCUGAGGCAUCUAGACUGGCACAUUACAACAAGCGAUCGACGAUUACAUCACGGGAGAUCCAAACCGCUGUCAGAUUAUUGUUACCCGGCGAAUUAGCUAAGCACGCUGUAAGUGAAGGUACAAAGGCGGUUACCAAAUACACUAGUUCCAAGUAAUUAUAA